UUUCUUAGUUAUAUUUAAAAAUCAUUAAAAUCUAAGAGUAGUCCUUGGAGAGAACAUGUCUCUUGUCUCCUAAACCUCCUUUAUUAUCCAUCAUCAUUGUCACUAACCCUAUUAUUAUUCCAUUCACAGCGAAGAAAAAGAAGCAAAGAGUUCGUUAUAAAGAAAGAAAUAAACCCUCAGAUAAGAGCAUAACAGAGAAGAAGAAGAAGAUGUCUUAUCAAGACCCACAACAUCCCGUUAGUGCUCCUCCUCCUCAAGGGUAUCCUCCUAAGGAAGGAUAUCCACCAGCAGGGUAUCCUCCACCAGCAGGUUAUCCUCCACCACAAUAUCCUCAAGCGGGAUAUCCUCCAGCAGGUUAUCCUCCACCGCAGCAAGGAUACGGUCAAGGAUAUCCAGCACAAGGCUAUCCUCCACCGCAAUAUCCUCAAGGUCAUCCACCACAAUAUCCUUAUCAAGGUCCUCCACCACCGCAUUAUGGUCAGGCUCCACCGAAAAAUAAGAAAGAUAAGAAGGAUUCAGGAGGCUUCAUGGAAGGAUGUUUGGCUAUGCUCUGCUGUUGCGUUCUCUUGGAAGCUUGCUUUUGAUCGGAAGAUGAGCUGAUAUUUGCCGUUGACCGUCUUGAGGAUGCUAUUCAAUUUUGUCAAACAUGUUAAAAAGACGUGUUUGAUAUACAUUUUAGAUCUCUUCUUCUGGUUAUGUGUGUCCACGUUUUGGGUUUGUUUCUUUAAUUUUCUUUAAUUUUAUGAAUGAAUCCGAAUUUGACUUGAGGUCUUGUUUACUUUCAUGACUAUUGAUUGAUUCAGGGUAUGUUACCCAUCUUUUGUAUAUGUGUGUUUUAUCUUUUGUAUAAAAGCCAUUCAUUCUUUCCAACUAGAGGAACACAAAAAAAGAAAGCAACCCAAUUUUGUUCUCUUUCUCAUCAAAAAUGUAAGAAGAAGUGACUGUAUCAACGUGAUCAAAACUUAGCAUUACCAUCAAACUUAUAUAAAUUUAUACUUAC